AUGAUAAAGCUUCACCUAGGCAGCUGCGUCAGUUACAGUACAUCUCCCAGUUUACUACAAAAUAUACAGCACAUUAGUGGAAAGAACAAUAUUGUAGCAGAUACUCUCUCCAGAAUUGAAGAGAUAUCUGUAAUUGAUUAUGAAGAAAUUGCAAAGGCACAACAGAAUGACCCUGAGUUGAAAGAAUUAAUUGCAAGUAACACCUCAUUAAUUUUCAAGGAAUAUGUACUACAAUCUAAAAAUGUCCUAUGGUGUGAUACUUCAGCUAGCAAUAUUCGCCCAUAUGUACCUCAAAGUUUUCGCAAGAAAAUUUUUGAUCAUAUCCAUAGUUUUGCACAUCCUGGUGUCAGAUCCACUGUAAAACAGAUAACUGCCAGAUUUGUAUGGCCCAGGAUGAUGAAGAAACAAGCAAGUGAUUGGGCUAGAGCUUGUCUGCAGUGCCAGAAAGUUAAAGUAACAAGACACACCAAAUCGACCUUUGGUACAUAUCAAGAACCUGAUGCCAGAUUUAGCAUCAUCCAUAUUGAUUUGAUUGGGCCUUUGCCACCAUCUAAUGGUAAAAUUUACUGUCUAACAUGCAUUGAUAGAUUUUCCUGUUGGAUGGAGGUAGUUCCAUUAGAAGAGAUCACUGCAGAACUGGUGAGUAAAGCUUUUUAUGACCAUUGGGUGAGCAGAUUUGGAGUGCCACAGUGUAUUGUAACUGACCAAGGUCGCCAGUUUACCUCCCAAAUGUUUAAAAAUCUUGCUGCUAUUUGUGGUGCUAAACUUCUGCAUACAACGCCCUAUCAUCCCCAAUGUAAUGGGAAAAUAGAGCGCUUUCACAGGACACUAAAGGCUGCAAUAAAAGCUCACAAUAAUGUAAAAUGGAGUGAUAUGCUACCCACUAUUUUGUUGGGUUUAAGAGCUGCUAUCAGAGAUGGUACAAACUAUUCUGUUGCUCAAAUGGUAUAUGGUACCAAUAUCAGGCUUCCUGGUGAAUUUUUUGAAAAACCCAGUGUCCACGUUGAACCUGACACAUUUGUGUACAAUCUUCAGCAGCAGAUGGCCCUAGUAAAGCCAAUGAAGUCUGCAGAUACAUGUCAAUCUUAUCAAAAAGUUUUUGUACAUAGAGAUUUAAGGACCUGUACUCAUGUGUUCGUUCGAGUUGAUCGGGUGAAAAAACCACUAGAGCCUGCAUAUGAUGGCCCAUUUCCUGUAGCAGAAAGACAUGAUAAGUAUUAUUCUGUGCAUAUUAAAGGAAAAGAUGUUAACAUCUCUAUUGAUAGGCUGAAACCUGCUUACCUUAUGAAUGCAGAUAGCAUGCCAGAACUACCGAAUCAGCUUCUUGACGACGAUGUCAAUGGUGGAUCCUCAAAGGAAAUGCAUCAUAGUAAUUUCCCAACAAACACUCGUUGUGGUAGAGAAAUAAAACUUCCUGUUAGGUUUCGAACUUAA